UUUUGUCCUCUUUUUUUCACCAUCAGAGCCAUCAAGCCUAUUCUUAGAAUUACAAACACGAGUUUUCCUAUCUUCACCUUCACAACAAAUAACCUCAAAAUCAACAAGGCUUGAACAGAUAUAUAUUUUUCUGGCUCUCUUGGUUCAGAACUAUAAAGCUACAAGCAAGCAAGAAUAAUUCAACGUGACAAUAACUUGUAAAGCAUGAAUUCGGCCGAGUCGCAGUUACAAGUUCGGUUAUUAACGAAACAAGAAAAUUUUGCAAUCCCAGAUGUGCCAUUGGCAGUGCCGAGUUCUAUUGAACAUAGUUCUUUGAAUGAGUUAGUGAAUCAAUUAAUAAAAGAAAACAAGUCGGAUUUCUUAAAGCCUAAAGAAUUUGAUUUCUUAAUACAAGGCGAAUUAGUUCGACUUCCACUGGUGGAACACUUAACAGAACAUGCUAUAUCUACUGAAGCAACUAUUGAUAUUGAAUAUAUUGAAAGGACUCCAGCACCUCAACCACAGGAUUCACUUUUACAUGAUGACUGGGUCUCAGGAAUUCACUGUGCUGAUAAAUGGAUUCUGACCGGCUGCUAUGAUUACUCCGUCAAUUUAUGGACCACCCACGGCAAAUUAGUGACUUCACAAAAACAACAUACAAAUAUUGUUAAAAAAGUGGUUUGGCUAAAAGAAGGAGAUCCUUCCUGCGGUUUUGUAAGUGUUUCCCAUGACUUAACUGGAUUGUUGUGGGAGUGGGAGCCCGGAACAGAUACUGUUAAACCGCGCAUUGCAUUAAGAGGACAUGAAAAAGGUGUUGACAGUGUUGGCGUCAGCCCAAAUUCCCAGAGAAUUGCAACAGGAGGCUGGGAUACUAACCUGAAAAUUUGGUCAGGAUCAUUUGAAUCUGACGAUGAAGAACCCGCCAAUAAAAAAGUUAAAGGGCCUAAGGGCAUAAUUACAAGAACACCCUUACAUACGUUAAAAGGUCAUAAAGAAACUAUCACUGCAAUUAACUGGAUUGAUAACCAUGUUAUUAGUACUGUAUCAAUGGAUCAUACAAUCAAAUUUUGGGACGCCGAGUUAUAUGGUAUCAAACAUGAUAUUGUUGGCCAAAAAGCAUUUUUAGAUGCAUCUUGGUCUUCUCUAUCUAAUACUUUACUAACAUGUUCGGCUGAUCGGCACAUUCGUUUGUAUGAUCCAAGAACUUCACAAGGAUCUGUUAUCAAAACUACUUUUACUUCACAUAUUCUUUGGGUUAGUUCUGUAGCAUGGUCUAGAUACGACGAACAUCUUUUCAUGUCAGGAGGAUAUGAUUCGUGUGUCAAACUUUGGGAUUCCAGGAGUCCAAGAGCUCCACUUUAUAAUCUAGAGGGACAUCAAGGACAAGUCUUAGUUGUAGACUGGUCCAAUAACAAGUACUUAGUGUCUGGUGGAAGUGAUAAUAACGUACACAUAUUUAGAAAUAAGCAAAUUAUGUAAAUAGUUAUACAAUAAAACAUUUAAAAAAA